ACCGCGGAACGCCCGCACGCAUCGCAUGUACGGGUUAGGUUGUUAGCUGUCAGCAAACCUUUUUAAAUAAUGAAUCGCGAUAGGGCACUGGUGCACAUUGUACUGGCGUAUCAAAACAUGCUCAAUAACCAAGCCGCCUACUUUCGGCUAAUGACAAGGAGACCAAGGCGGCGGUGGUGGGUGAGGCCAGUCAAUCGUCGGGGAAACGAACACGACUUCUUCAACAAUGUGAUUCGAGAAAUUUAUGAAACUGAUCACGAGGAGUUUUUUAGACUGUUUCGUAUGCAGCCUGAUCAAUUUAGGCACCUUGUUCGUUUAGUAGAACCUUUUUUGACGAAGAGGAGUAUUCGGACUCCUUUGCCUACUACUCUUCGAGUUGCAGUGACACUGAUGUUUCUUGCUCAUGGCGAUAGUGCGGUCUCGAAGCAUUUUGAAUUCCGCAUUGGGACUUCUACUGUCCACAAGGUGAUCAACGAAACAUGCAAGGCAAUCUGGGAUGCUCUGCAGCCAAUAUUUUUGAAACAUCCCUCAAAAGAUGAAUGGAAGAACAUAAGCAAGAGGUUUGAAGAGCGUUGGCAAUUUCCCAAUUGUUUGGGAGCCAUUGAUGGCAGACACAUGGAAAUCCAAUGUCCACCAUGCACAGGAACAGAAUAUUACAACUAUAAAGGGUUCUUUAGCAUAGUACUCUUGGCGACAUGUGAUGCAGAUCACAAAUUUACUUGGAUUGACAUUGGACAGUACGAUUCUAUCAGUGAUGGAGGUGUUUGGUCCAACACUGAGUUUGCUCAAGACCUAGAAAAUGGUGAAGCGGACUUGCCUGAUCCAAAACCUCUCCCACUUACAACUGCUCCCCCCUUCCCGUAUGUGUUUGUCGGAGAUGCUGCCUUUCCUUUGUCUACGUUUAUGAUGCGCCCUUAUCCGAAAAAAAACCUCACUGCGGAACAGAGAAUUUUCAACUACAGACUCUCCAGGGCCAGACUGACUAUUGAGAACACUUUUGGCAUUCUUUGUGCACAGUGGAAAAUAUUGCACAAACCACUCAGCAUGAAAGUUGAGAAUGCAGAGAAUUUGUUCAAAGCUCUUGUGUGUCUCCACAAUUUUGUAAUGUCUGCGGAAGAAGCAGUGCCUCACGGUGACAGACGGUAUUGCGGCCCCAGGCACUUGAAUGUAAUGGAACCAGAUGGAAGUGUCACAGCCGGUGAGUGGCAACUACACCAAUCUCAGCACUUUAGACAGCUUGGAAGGGUUGGUGCAAACUAUGCCGGUUCUGUACCUCGAGGACAGAGGGAAUUUUUGAAGAUGUAUUUUAAUUCUGAUGUGGGAGAAUUAUGACGGACUCGACGAAUACUCUACAACAUACAGCUGGCAAUAUUUGUGGAAAAGGAUGCCGUAUUGUGGAAUUUGCUGUGCUGGGUCGCAGCCUGUGGUGCUGCUCGUGCAAAGAGUGCAUCUCGCGACUUUACACACUAAUUCCUGGUGGCCUUACUGAUCCUGAUUCGAGAGAGGCUUUCAUUGAUAUAUUUCAGAGACUUGCUAAUUACGCUGUCAUUUUAUUCUAUUUUAUUAUUUUGUAUUUAAAUAUUCAUUUUGUGUUAGUAAAGUUACUUGUACCAUACUUGUGUUGUACUUA